AUGGUGCUAGGCAAAACGGUCACUUUUAUGAUCAUUCGCAGUGUGGUUAAUGAUGAGGGUCUUCCUGAAGUAGUGAAUUCCAGUUAUGCUAUGAUGAAUUACCACGACGCUCCAAUACCGGUAGAUUCAGAAUCCGAUAAGCGAUUUAAUGAAGCUCCUAUCCCAGUAGGAACACUGGACGAUUCUCCGCCUCCAUUGCCAGCGCGCAAAUCUACGAACCAAUAUCCAUAUGGUCCGGAAUCUUAUGUGUCUCAACACCAACCGCCAUACAGCACAGGUGGUUACGAUCCCCAAGUGCCCCUACAACAUCCCGACAAUAACGGAUCUACGCCACGACCGCCUUCUUAUCACGGCAAUGAAGUGGUCACGCAUGUGACACCACUCACUGAACUCGGGGAUCACCCCAAGUUUGUAGACUGCCCUUUCUGCAGACACCGUGCCGAGACACGAGUGAAGAAGACCUCAUCAAGAGUCACACAUAUAUCCGCGACAGUCCUUGGGUUUACGACCAUCGCCGGUGCUGCUGUUCCCUACGCUGGAAAGUGGGCUGCUCAUACAACCCAUUACUGCACCAACUGCGACCGCAAAGUAGCCAUACGAAAAUGGGGAACCAAAGAGAUGAAGGCCUUGGGAACUCCUGAACAUAUGCGGGAAAUUUCACGAUAUCCUUCUGCGGGUUUACCGUCCAUGAGCAGCAGUUCCAGGAUGAGUUAG